CUGGUGGUGAUCCCCGAUCACCGGUUAGGUCCCAACGCAAGUAGCGAUAAUACCACUCAGGGCGGCGUCGUUCCGGUCGAGCGGGAGGCUGAUAACGACCCCUGCCACCUCGGCCACCACGACCACCUCGGUCACCACGAUCACCACGGCCGCCACCUCGGCCACCUCGACCACCUCGGUCAACCCAGCCUCCACGAUCACCACGGUCACCACGGCCACCUCUACCACCUCGGUCAACCCAGCCUCCACGGCCACCCCAUCCACCGCGGUCACCACGAUCACCACGGCCACCUCGACCACCUCGGUCAACCCAACCUCCACGGCCACCCCAUCCACCACGACCACCACGUUCGCCCCGUUCGGCCCAUUCGCCACCUCGAAACAUGA